UCAGUUGUAUCAGGACAAGGACACAGCAUAACACAAUCAGCAGAGUAUCGUUUAAGAAAAGCUCUGCUUUCUUCAAAUGACAAAAUGGUUCGUCCGGUUUUGAAGCCGUCAGAUGUUUUUAAUGUCACAUUCGAUGUGCAGUUCCAGGCUCUCAGUGCAGUGGUAAGCAAACUGCUUAACUUGAGUUCUCAUGAUAUUGAACAUCAAUUUUAAACAGCUGCAAACAUCUCAAACUAUGAAACAUCCAUCGAUUUAAGUGGAAAGAAGGAGAAUUUCUCCUUCACGACAUCUAUUAAUAACCCUUAGCAUAAAGCCACCGUGUGAAUAUGUGAACCCAAGACAGUAACGUGGCUAAGUGGUUGGAGGGCCUCAGCUUUAAACUGCUGGUACUUGGCUUAAAUCCUCCCUUCCAAAAUGGACCUGAAUUGUACUUGAUUUCGGUUUUCUGGCUCAAACGAUCGAACCCCUUUAGGAUUUUAGUUACCGUAUCCUUGUAUUUUAUUACUCGUACAACUUUUGCAACGGGUAAGUAAUGGCUAAGUUAAGUUUGAGACAAAAAAAUGAAACAGACAAACAAACAGCAAAAGCAGCAACAUUAACCACAAAUGGCUAUGGAAUUACUCUUAGUAUAAAAACGAAAAUACGUUGAGCUAUUCAAGGGACUGGUUCUGUCGCACUUUAUCACAAUCAUCGCACUUUGUCACAAUCAUCGCAUUUUGUCACAAUCAUCGCACUUUGUCACAAUCAUCGCACUUUGUCAUAAAAUUUUCGCACUUUGUUAUACCUGUCGCACUUUCUAAUAACACUUGUCGCACUUUGUUAUAAAAUUUUGGCACUUAGUUAUACCUGUCGCACUUUCUAAUAACACUUGUCGCACUUUGUAAUAAAAAAGCUGUUGCAGUUUGAAUAAGGUACCUGUCACACUUAUUACAAAGUGCAGCAGGUGUUACAAAGUGCGACGAUGAGUACAAAGUGCGACAGACGAAUUGCGUUCCCAAAAUAUUUACCUGCCCUAAAGUAGUCUACCUACUCCGUGCACCAGUUCGUUGUAAUCCCAGACUCAAAGAUAAGUUAAGAAUACGCUUUUAAAUAAUCUUUGUCACGUUAACGUCCUUGAUGCCUUGCAAAUUGAAGCCAAUUCCUAAAAUUGGAUGUUUUCUAAAGGCUUGCUGAAAAAAGGAUUGUCAUUUCUCAAACCAACCAAACGAUGAAAAUUAACGCUUUAAAAUAUGCAUCCUAAGGGAAUGUAUUACACUGACAAGCCAAAGACCUAAAUCAUUAGGAUUCAAUUCUGUCUGUGAACUUUGAAAUUAGUAAACUUAUUGGAGGAUGAAUAUAUGUUCGGACGUUUUUGAAAUCAAAGUACCCGUGGGCGUUUCCUUCCAUAUUCACUUCUAAAAUAUCCACACUCUGUAAAUCUGUGCUUUGGUUUCGCAGGACAACAAACAGCAAGUCAUUACAAUUGACACAGUGAUCACUCAGGUAAGAUUGAUUGACAUAUAGCUAGGUACUAAGCGUUAAAAAAAUUUACACGUUCUUCUGCUUUGUGCAAAAACGAAAAGAGCAAAACUAACGACUAGAUUUCAUAAGGCUGUUAACAGUCGGGCUCUUCGUAAACCAGAAAAUACUUUGCAAAAAUGCUCUGCAUUGUGGGAUCUUUAUCUUUGAUUUCAUUUAAACAAGAAUAUGGCGAUCAACGCCAGAUAGCAUAAGUUGGUCUCCCACCUUGUGGCGUCCAAAAUCCAAAAUCGAACACUAUUCCCGCCCAAACUUCCUUGCAUUAUUCUUCAGAUUAAAUUUUUCAAACCGGUCCUUUGUGGACUUUUGUUUUCACCCAUGUCUUAUUUGACGGUCAUGGAUAUGAGACAAAAGGAAAUCUUCAUCAAAUCAGUUUUAAAGUAAAAAACUUUGAACCACAACUUUUGCAUGCAUACGCUUGUUUGAAAUGGAGAGCAUGAAAAUCUCGUUACGUCUUGCAGAUUGGUAACUUUUUGUUUUUCGACUUGGGGUUGGUCAAAUUUUAGAGGCCUACACAACCGAAAAUUCCGCUGGAAAGUGAAUUCAGUGAUUUUCUGUUUAAAUAGAAAACAGAACAUUUCCAGCUUUUGCGUAUUUGGUUAGUUCCCACGGCGGUGAUAUCAGAUAUACAGCAAACCUUAAUAAAAGUAAUAAUUCGAGCCAAGCCUCAGCGCAGGUUUCAGCGUUUUUGUUUUUUUAAAAAUCCGGUUUACAGAAAUGGAAUAAUCCUUAUCUUCGCUGGAAUCCUUCCACGUAUGACAACAUAAGGGAGAUACUGGUGGAUCCAAAAGAAGUAUGGGUUCCAGAUAUUGUUCUUGAAAACAAGUGAGUUAAAUUCUGCCACGUGUGAAUAGCAUUAACUUUACCUGCAGAUGGGUAAUAGAAAGCAGUACGUUUCUUUUUCUUUGAAAAAACGUCAGACAUGCAAAUCACCAAUUAGGAAGAAAAUGCAGGUAUCAUUAUGGUUUAGGGUGUUUGCUAUAUUCUCGAGACAAUAAUUAAUGUCAUCUAUCUGUGAGAUGCAGGGGCUCAAUUUCUUUAAUAACGUUAAAUGCACUGGCUUAAAUUUUGAUACAUAUUUUUUUGGCUCAUAUAUGCUAUUGGUGUAAGGAUUUACCUUCUUUAAAAUGUUUAAAAAUGUUAUGUUUCAUUUGCUUCCUUUUUUGUUGUUGUUAAUUCCGGGCGCCGUUUGGUGAUGGAUCUAAGCCUGCUGGCUAAAUAGAGUCCCUUCCAUUCAAUUGGCCUGAAUGGUACAGUACUUUCAAUUUCCAAAAAUCCUUCUGUUUGAAUUUUUUCAGCGCCGAUGAUGAAGUUGUUCAGGCAGGCCACUUAGAAAAAUUCCGAAGUUGGGUGCUUGUGAGCAGCGAUGGCAAAAACACGUGGUUAUCUCCGGCGACGUUUAAAAGCACGUGCAAGCUUAAUGUCCAGUUCUUUCCCUUCGACAAACAGAAGUGUAGCAUGUUGUUCCGUUCACUAACUGCUGAUAGCACUCUUCUGAAUCUUUACACCAGAAUAAUAGAGAGUGAUGAUCCAGAGGAAGGUAAUGGAACAAUUAAAUACUUGGGCAAAGGGUCGAAAAAGGAUAAAAGGUUAAAGAGGCCAAUUUUUUCCAACGUAGUCACUGGCCUGGAACAUAAAUACAGAAAAGAAAGAGAGAAAAUGGGGGUAGAGGAGGAUUGCAAAGGGACCAGAGCUCAUUAGAAACCUCUAUUUCUCUUGACACGCUCAUCGGGAAAUGAUCAAUCUUAAAGGCGAUAGGCGCCGUUUAAGGUUCACUUCACAGGUAGUAUAAGAAUAGUUCUCUGUCCUGAGGACUAUGUCGAUCCACGUUGGAGUGACGUCAUGAAUAUAAGAAAUGCUCUUUUUGAGUUUGAUAAGGAAUAAUUUUUCAAAAUAAUUUUGCGUUAUCACUUCUGGACUUGCACGAUUCCCAAUUAAACAAUAACUGGGGCUAUCGUUAAGACGAGAAGUUGAUGUGGAAACAACUUCCAUAGCAUGCAUCCUAAUGCUGAAUUACCUCUUAACUUGUCCCUGAAAGGUUUGCCUUUCGUAUCUCCAUGUUCUUAGUAUCGUUAAAAGCGUUGGGGUCACUCUGAUGAUGCUGACUUGAUUCAUGUUUCUUCUUUCAGAGCUUAAACUCACCACAUCAAAUGGUUAUUGGUCACUGAGAAGCAUUGAGAUCAAGACAGAGAAUAUCAAGAAGCACUCUCGGACAUUCAGCGAGGUUAAAGUAUCAUUUUCUAUUGGACGCAAACCAUUGUUCUUUGUUCUUUUUUCCAUCGUCCCGUGCAUGAUCAUUGGUAUGUUGGUUCUUGUAAGCUUUUUUAUUCCCGUUGAGAGUGGCGAGAGGAUUGGAUUGUGUGCAACAAUUUUACUGGCAGUCAGCGUUUACCUACUUGUUGUCACCGAUCAGCUUCCUGAACAGUCCGACACACUGCCCCUCAUUGGUGUUUAUUACAUCGCGAUCAUGUUUGAGAUCGGCCUAGCGCUGGCUGCUUCAGUUCUCGUCCUGAGGACUCACCACCUGACUUCAGAGCCACCUCGCAUCUUGACUUAUAUUACAGGUGAGACAAAUAAAAUACUCUAUCACAAAUGAGAACCGGCUUAUGAACGAAUGUCCAUUUGGGUGACAAUAGCAGUGAAAAUGCCAACGGAAGCUUGAAACACGAAGGCCAUUCGACAAUAGUUAUAGCUAUGACAUAAUAACUGGACAAUUACUUUUGCAAACAGCUGCAGCAGUAUGACAAUAACAGUGACGGUGACGGUGGUUAUAGGACUAAUCGUUUAAUACCCGUAGCUGCGUUUGACCAUGAAAUUCUCAACAACAACGAUCCUAUUAUAACUCUAGGUCUAUUAAGUGGAAUAUGAAGGAUGCCUUUUGACUAAACCAUUUAUUGAUUUUCAGCAAUCAACAAGCUUGGUUGCUCCUGCUUCAAUCGAAGAACACGACGAGAGGAGGUUCCCGGUUCUUCUGUGAUAAUAAAUUCCAGAGUCGCAGCAGAAAAUAACGAAGACAAGGCGGGGAGAAAUGAUAAUGUGGAGCUAGAAAAUAUGGAGAAGCAGUUACCAGAAACGUUUAGGAAAGAAAGAAAAUCAACAUCGAGUAGAAUUUCUAUCUUUCAAGUCGAAGACGAAGAAGAAGCUAACCAGAAAAUGUGGAAGGAGAUCGCUCGAGCGCUCGACCGAAUCUUUUUCUGGUCGUUUCUGGCGCUAUUUGUGUCUUCAUCCAUAGCAAUAUACUCGCAGUCAGGGCGGUUGUCAUCACUGAAUUGA